AUGUGCGUUUCGAACGACGACCGAGUAGAAGCGCCCAUGAUGCUGCCAACGUCAAAGCCUGUUAAGUGGGUGGCCGCCCAAGUAAUAAGCAGGCUACCAAAUGGCACUGAGACAACAACAGUGUGCAUGAGGGGUGAAAAGGGGCAAGAAAAGCAAGCACCAGGGGUAGCCGAUGGUAUACUUCAGUGCCCCGACGUAGAUCUCGUCUGCCACGGCAGGCCCUGCAGAAAUGGAGGCGUUCCCAAAUAUGGAAUGAACUGCGAAUAUCCCGACACAGAACGGAACCGACUGCGGUAUCCCAAUCGCUUUUCGUACGCCCCUAAUUCAAGCAUCACCGUUCUUAAGGGAAAGUUUUUUGCUAUUCCGGCCUUCGUGGACGGGCCACAUCACCUUUAUUUCAAGCCAGUGUCGAAGCUCCCUGCUGGCGUGGCCAUUGACUCGUUCACAGGCGCAAUAUUUGGGACCCCAGUUGAAGUAACUAGAGUUGAAGUACAGAUGCGGGAAAUGCCACAUGCAGCAGAAAGAACGAUAAUCCGAAUACGCGUGGUUGAGCACCUACUGACCCAAGGCAGACGCCCAACGUUCACGAAGAUUGACGAAUCGUUAAACCAAAGCCAAAGCAAUGCUUCCUUAACAUCGCAACUUAAUGAGGAUAGCGGUCAACGGUAUGGAAAAGGAGCAGGCAAUGUGGAUAUGACUGACUUGGAUGUGGAGACUCCACGGGACUGUGAGCGGUAUGUAAAUGGGGACGUGAGGGGGCAAUCCAAAGAAAGCAAAAACGUGUGA